GAGAUGAAUGAAUAAAAAGAACUCUACCCUCUCUUCUCUUGUGUCUUUCCCUCUCUAAUAUUCUCUUGUAGUUGUUUAUAUUUUCCAUUAGUUUCAUAACAAUGAGAGCAUUGUGGUGUUGGACAAUAGAUGGAAAGGUCGACUAAGUCUGUGACCGGCAAGCGCCUCACUUCCUGUUCCCGUGAUACGGAAAGAAAUGUCAGUGGCGCCAAUGAAGAGAGUGGCUGGACUGCAUAUUUCGACGAUCUUUACAGCAGCUACAAUUACAGUGAAUAUAUGUCUUUGUCUGUCGGUAAGCAUCAGUGUCGGAGCUCUUCCCUAUUAUCCGACGCUGCAUCCGUAGUCGGUAAUAAGACUCCGAAGAAGCUGGAUUCGGCUUCAGAAAACGUUAAAAGACAGAAUUUCAAGAAGAGAAGAACUGCAAAAUCUUUGGUUGACGAUGAGGGGAUUGAAGAUACGGCUAGCUCUCUUCAUCGGAAUAAUGAUGAUACUGCUAGUUCUAUUAAUAUAAACAGUUCCAUGCAGAGAAGUUUAGUCCAGACGAUGCGGAGCUUGAUUUACUCGCCGUACAAUUGCCAAGGAAAUAAAAUUAGUGAUCCAGGUCCUACUGACCCUCUCGUGGAGUCCAUUGCAGCUUGCAGGAUCAAUGUAUUGAUCCCCCCUCCCCCCUCUUAUCAGUUCAUAUUGAUCGCUGUUGUCACCGCAGUCCUCUACGAUACUGACGUUCCUCUAGACAGUGGAAGAGGAAGUGGCAACAAUAAUGACUGCCGAGAUGGUGAAGGAGAUGAAAUCGGCGAUUGGAACGCGAAUAAGAGACCUCCUAGAAUGUUCGGCGGGAGGGAGAGGGAGGCGGUGGCGGCAGCGGCAACGGGGUUGACAGUCUCCGUCGCUAUCACUACGAUGAGAAAUCUGGCGGUGGAGUUGAAAGAAGAGAUGAGUGUGAGGGGUUUUCGAGAAAAGGGAGAGUUGGAGAAGAAAGAUGCGAGGAAGAAGACAGAAUGAAGGGAAAUAAUUCCUUCUUGUUUAUCUGUACUUAUUUGUGGGCUCCAAAUAGAUACUAAGCAAUAGU